UCACGAACCUCGGACAUCCGCCAUUGUCUUGUAUAGUAAACACAGAAAUGUAAUGACUGAUCAUGUGUUAUUAGUACAGUAUAUACAUAUAUUUUGAUUUUUCAAAAAAUUCUCUCUGGACAAUAGGGAUCCAGACAAACCUAAUGGGACCAAAUUCAUACUAUUUCCCUCGACCCAAGACAAACUUACGGAAGUGUGUGUCGUGGAUUAAAUUAUGUCACAGGCCUCAAAUCCAGCUAAAUGUCCACAAACAAUGGAUACGUAGAUAUGGAAUAAGCUAAAGCGGGGACGAUAUGCCUUUGAGGUAACGUUACAGUGGAGCCGUUUCUAGAUUACCAGUUAAUUUGCAUCAUUUAUGCGGGCGGCGUGGCUUGGGUGUAUAUAAUGGACGGUUGUACGACUCUCACUAAUAAUGCUCUUGGUGAUCAGGAAAACCAUGAUGUCCAGAAUAAGCCUUCCAUUCGUGCUGCUGAUUGCCUGUCUAGUGACAACGAGUAUAUGUGUCAUUGAAGAAGGAGAAACUGAUGGGAUUAGCUCCUACCAAAUAGCUGAACUAUUGGCCAACCCACAGAAUUACGGGAAAAGAGGUCUUGACUUGGGGAUAGGUCAUAGAUGGGACAUUGUCAACAAAGCACGGAAGUUCAAACAAAAUCAAAGAAAUAUACAUGGUAAAGUUAAACGUUCAGAGUAUUUUCAUGCCCCCGUAAUUGCUAAUUUGGAGGUAUAUCAUUUUUGGUCGGUCUGUUUCUCCACAGAAAGUUUAACUCUUCAAUAAAUGGUGAUAGGGCUGUCAUAUUUUGCAUUCAUUUCUUUUCGUUCCAAACUCUUUGACCUGUUAACCUUGGAGUUGGUCAUAUAUAAGUACGUAAGUAAGGGAAUAUCAUUACUUCAUAGACAUCUUAGAUAUUCAAAGAAAUAAGGGGGAAAGCGAUAAAGAAAAUAUAAUCAUUACAGUAUUAAAAACUUAUUUUUUCUUAAACAUGUACAACUUGAAUACAAUGUAUUUUUCAGAAGCACUGGAUAUUUUACAAAACCCAGAAAGGUACAUGAGUCGAAGAAAUACGAAGAGAUUAAAAUGGACAUUUUAGAGAUCAGUUCAAUGAAUCAUUUCAAAAGAG